AUGAAAGAGUUACAUGAGAAGGUCUUGAAGGAGAUCAACAGCGGGGAUGCAGAGGUCCUAUCUCCUCAAAAGUUUGCAGAAAAGACUAAACAGCUUCAUGAUCUAUCUUUGAUUACAGACAAGUAUUCUGAAGUCGAAUCCGUGAUCCGUGAUCUGUAUACAUUACAGCAGAUGUUAGAUGACCCCUCGACAGCUCAGGACAAAGAUCUCUUGGAGAUGACUCAGCAAGAGAUCAAGAGCACGACAGAAAAUAUUAUUGAGAUGGAAAAGCAGCUUCUGUUCUCCAUGUUACCCACCGAUUCUGCAGACGAGGCCAAUGCAAUCCUUGAGAUUCGUGCAGGUACAGGAGGAAAUGAAGCAGGGCUGUUUGCAGCCGAUAUAUUGAGGAUGUAUGAGCGCUUCGCAGAAAGGCAGCGAUGGAAAUGGGAAGAGAUAUCCAAGACCUACGAUGGAAUCGGAGCCGUCAAGGAUGCGGCUAUUGGUAUUACGGGCUCCAAUGUAUUCGGUCAACUCAAAUAUGAAUCAGGUGUUCACAGAGUCCAGCGUGUGCCUGCUACAGAAACUCAGGGUCGAAUCCAUACUUCAACCGUCACAGUCGCCAUCAUGCCUCAACCUACUGAGGUCCAAGUUCAAAUCCAGGACUCGGAUGUUCGCGUUGACGUCUUUCGUGCUUCAGGAUCUGGAGGUCAAAAAGUCAAUACGACGGAUUCGGCCAUUCGUCUGACCCAUAUUCCUACAGGCAUCGUGAUUGCCAUUCAGGAUGAACGAUCCAAUCAAAAAAACAGAGCCAAAGCUUUUACGAUCUUGCGAGCCAAGUUGUAUGAACGUGAAAGAGAAAAGCUCGCCUUGGAGAGACGAGACUCGAGGAGGAAGCAGGUUGGCGCAGGCACACGAUCUGAAAAAAUAAGAACAUAUAACUUCCCUCAGAACCGAGUGACAGAUCAUAGGAUUAACAAGACACUGCAUGAGCUUGAAGGCGUCCUGAAUGGCGAGGCCUUAUCUGAAUUCAUCCAAGCGCUCAAAAUUGAAGAGCAGACCGAUAUGCUAAUGGCAAUGAAUGAUGCUUAA